AAUUAACUGUCAGUGUCCCACGUGUGUGAUGAGAUGAUCAGUGUGUGCUCAGUCAAAGUCAUUGCUGCAUCAUCUGCUCUCUCAACAGGGUCACCACUUUCCCAGAAUCACACAGAGUCUCCCUCCAUCUCCCCCCAGUCCUCCACCUGUUCCCCUGAGAUCUAACCAUUGUCCCCCAGGCAAUAACAGCAUUCAGCGUGCUGCAUCCCUUGUUGUCUUACUGACCUCUCUGAUUGGUUGAAACUGUGAGAAACUCCAGCCAGACCAAGACCCACACAUUCAUAUGGAGAUGUGGGACUAUAAAUAGGAGGGAUGAAGCCAGCAGAGAUCAGAUUCUCUCAACAGAGACCUCUACAGCACUGAGAUCCAGCCAUGGCACCUACAAUCAAUGCAGCAAUGACUGAUUCUCAGGAGCAUCUGACUCUGACCCACAAGCUCAGAAAGCCUCUGGUGGAGAAGUUACGCAGAGAAAGAAUCAACAGCAGCAUUGAGCAGCUCAAGUCUCUCCUGGGUCCAGAGUUCCUCAAACAGCAGCCAGACUCCAAGCUGGAGAAAGCAGACAUCCUGGAGAUGACAGUUUGUGUCCUGAGACGACUGCAGCAGCAGAAUCAAGCUGUGGACUCAGCAGCUGUCGAUCAGGGCUACUCCAGCUGUGUCCAAGAGGUGGACCACGUCCUGUCCAACGAGGAGGGGGAGACACAGUCCCAGAGAAGACUUGUGAACCACUUCAACAAGCUGCAGUCUUCCUCUGAUAAGAAGGUGAGAGAGGCUGACAUCUCUCUUCUGAGCUCCACAGUCCAGACCAGCAUUAUCAAAGAGAAGAGUCUGGCCAGGAGCGCCCCCUGGAGGCCGUGGUAGACACCUACAGACUGGAGUUAGUACCAGACA